UUGAGUUAAGAGAUUCGAAUACACUCAAGGAUGAUAUGUCAAUUUGAAAUCGACAUUCAUUGUAACCUCAAUUUCAACAAGGUGGCUCAUAGCACGGAGCUAGGCCAUUGGUCGCGGGACUAUUUGUCUUUCAUCAUUUCUCAUUGUUCUGGGAGGAAGGAAUCAUGAUCAGCCUCCGCCUCCCCAGAAAGAAAAGGAAUGCAUCGUCUGAGAUUGUAUACGAAGCCUUAUACAAGAAGAAGUGACCUGCUGCUUUCAUUUAACAUCGCCCUUUCAUUUAGUUCCCUCCCAUCUUUUAACGCGUCCGUCCAUUGCCAUGGCUUCACCUCCUUCUACGACCGCCUUCUACGGUCAUGUAAUAGCUUGAACUUUCUCAAACAAUUACACUCCUCCCUUACUACUUCGGGCUUCAUUGCGCAAAGCCCUCAUUUGAGCGCCCAGGUUAUAAUCAAAUAUUCUAUUCUCGGAGAACCCAAAAUUGCUCGGUCCCUUUUUGAUGGCAUCCACCAUGGACGCGGUUCUUUCCUCUGGAAUACCAUGGUUCGGGCCUACGCAAAUAGUGGGCGCUGUUCUGAAACGCUGGAGCUCUAUUCGCUCAUGCGGAAAACUGGCAUAGCACCUAACAAUUAUACAUUCCCCUUUGUCUUUAAAGUAUGCGCUUCCCAGUCAUUAAUUUUGCAAGGAAAACUGGUUCAUGCAGACACCAUAAGGACUGGGUUUGAUUCAGAUGUAUUUGUUCAGGCUGCCCUGGUGGACAUGUAUUCAAAGUGUGGUCAAUUUGUGGACGGUCGUAGGGUGUUCGACAGAAUGCCUGAGAGGGAUCUCGUCUGCUGGACUGCCAUGAUCACAGCUUACGAGCAGGCUGAGAGGCCCCAACAGUCGCUCAUGUUGUUCCAUGAGAUGCAGAAAAAUGGUCUUUCGGCAGAUUUUGUAACGGCAGUCACUGUUGCCUCAGCUGUUGGCCAGUUGGGCGAUGUCAAGAGGGCUCAAUCUGUUCAUGCCUACAUCAUUCGUAAUGCAUUCUGUAAAGAUGUCUCUGUUGGGAACUCAAUCAUAGCCAUGUACGCAAAGUGUGGGAAUAUGGACAAGGCCCGUUUGGUGUUUGAUCGACUGGAGAAAAGAGAUGGCAUUUCAUGGAAUUCUACGCUUUCGGGCUAUACUCAAAAUGGGCUGGCUAGUGAAGCUCUGUUACUUUUUGACCAAAUGCAAGCUUCUGGUUGUAAACCUAAUCCGGUGACGGCAUUAAUCAUUGUUUCUGCUUGUGCUUAUCUUGGAUCUCGGCAUCUUGGAAGGAAACUCCACAAUUUUAUUGUUGAUAGCAGAAUAGAAAUGGAUGUGACGCUUUGGAAUGCAAUUAUGGAUAUGUAUGCAAAAUGUGGUGAUCUAAAUGCUGCUGUUGAAAUGUUUAAUGGGUGUCACCCUGACGGAAGGGAUGUUAGUUCUUGGAAUGUAUUGAUUUCAGGGUAUGGCAUGCAUGGACUUGGAAAAGAAGCACUUGACCUCUUCUCUAGAAUGCAAGUAGAAGGCAUCAAGCCCAACCAUAUCACCUUUGCUUCCAUUCUUUCUGCUUGUAGUCAUGCAGGCCUUAUUGAUGAGGGAAGGAAGUGUUUUGCAAACAUGGAAACUUUCUUUGUGACACCCAUGGUUAAACACUAUGCUUGCAUGGUUGAUCUUCUUGGACGAGCUGGAUUCUUAUAUGAAGCUUUUGAUUUGAUCAAAGAGAUGCCAUUACAGCCAAAUGACGGGGUAUGGGGUGCAUUGCUUUUGGCUUGCAGAAUCCAUGGAAAUACUGAGUUGGGUGAAAUAGCGGCUAGUAAUCUGUUCCAGCUUGAGCCAGAACAUAGCGGAUACUAUGUUCUUAUGUCGAAUAUAUACGCAGCAUCAAGAAAAUGGCAAGAAGUUGGGAAACUGAGACAGGAUAUAAAGAAGAUGGGGUUGAGGAAACCCGCAGCCUUCAGUGUGAUUGAACUUGGUAAAGAGGUUCAUGGAUUCCACACUGCUGAUCGGUCAAAUGUAUAUUUUAGAGAAGUUUACAGGAAGGUAGAGAGCUUGGUGGUUGAGAUGAAAAUGGCAGGUUACAUGCCAGACUUGUCAUGCGUUUUGCAUGAUGUAGAAGAGGAAGACAAGGAGCACAUCCUCAACUAUCACAGCGAGAAGCUCGCUGUUGCUUUAGGAAUUAUGAAGAUUAAACCGGAAAUGGAAAUUCAUGUUACCAAGAACCUAAGGGUUUGCAAUGAUUGUCAUUCGGCCUUCAAGGUUGUUUCGUAUAUUUAUGGAAGGAAGAUCACUAUAAGAGAUGCAAACCGAUUCCAUCAUUUCCAAGGUGGUAUAUGCUCGUGCAAGGAUUACUGGUAAGCCACCAUGCUAUGGCCCAAAACUUGGCUUUCUAGUUCCGAGAUUUUAGAAGAACCAUUCACCCAUAUGGAUAUGGGAAUACAUUGAUGUGGAAUCUCAUUGGUAGGUACAGUACACAUUCUUUUGGAGGAAAACUCAUUGGCAUACCAAUAGUCCCUAGUGACCUCAAUCGUAGGGGAAAAAAUCUUAUGAUAUUGCAAACCCAAUUAAUUUCAUGGCACUAAUUUCUCAGCUUCUAUUUUUAUGAAGAAAUUGAUCUAUAAUAGACAAUCUUUUGAGGAUUUGCUACAGGC